CACCUCGCUACUGUCAACUUUAAACCUUUCUAUUAUGAUUGCUCCAACUCACUUUCGAACUUGGGCAUUUGUCCUUGUCGCACCAGCUUUGCUAGUUUCCCAUUGUGCCGCAUUGGAACCCGAGUUUGAUUUUAUUAUUGUUGGCGGUGGAACAGCAGGCCUGACUCUGGCCAAUAGACUUACUGAGUUUCCGCAUGUUACUGUCGCAGUAAUUGAAGCAGGCGGUGAAGUCAUUAACAAUCCGAAUGUGACGGACCCAAACUCCUUCACGCUCGCCCUUGGUACCGCGAUCGACUGGCAAUAUGAAUCUGUCAAUCAAACUCAUGCAGGAGACCAAAAAAUCGCAUAUCACUCUGGCAAAGCUCUUGGUGGAACGAGCACAAUCAAUGGCAUGACAUAUGUGCGCGCAGAGAAAGCUCAGAUAGAUGCUUGGGAAAAACUUGGAAAUAGUGGAUGGAGUUGGGACGACCUGUUCCCGUAUUACCUAAAAAGCGAGCAGUUCGAUUCUCCCACAUCUGCUCAAGUCGAAGCAGGUGCAACAUACGUUUCACAACAACAUGGCAAAAAAGGUCCACUAAAUGUAGGAUAUGGCUUUGGACUGCUGAAUGGCACAUACCACGAAGUGGUAGAACAGGCAUGGAACAAUUUGGGCAUUCCUACGAGUCUUGAUGUUAAUGGUGGCAAUGUUCGAGGCUUUACUGUUUGGCAGAGUACCAUGAAUCGGGAUGCUAACCUGCGAGAAGAUGCUGGUAGAGCGUAUUACUACCCAGUUCAAAGCAGGCCCAAUCUUCACGUGUUCCUAAACACAGUUGCAAAUAGGAUUACCUGGCGAGAGUCCACGAGCGAAUGCGCUGUUGCAGGUGGUGUGGAAAUAACAGCUGCGGAUGGCACAGUUACUACCCUUGAUGCCAAACGUGAAGUCAUUCUCUCAGCCGGCUCAUUAAGAUCUCCUGCCAUUCUCGAGCUCUCAGGAAUAGGAAAUCCCAGCAUCCUAAAUAAAUCCGGAAUUCCUGUCAAGGUCAACCUCCCCGCCGUCGGCGAAAAUUUACAAGACCAACCGAACAGCCAGAUUAUCAUGUCUUCUAAUACAACGUUUAGUGGAUCUAUUCCAUACGUAGCUUUCGGUUCAGCUUCUGAUUUUUUGGACUCGCUGCCUAAAAAUGUCAACUUAACGGCUUGGGCUGAGAAAGUUGCAGUCGCAAUCGAUCAUGCUAUUAGCGUAUCAUCGUUGGAACAACUUUUCCGCAUACAAUAUGAAUUAAUUAACAACGGCGUUGUGGAUGCAGAAUCAAUCCUCGAGACAACCUUCAGUAUUGGCUUAGGUCCAAGCGGUUUGGUAGCUUCAGCAUUUUGGCUUUUACUGCCCUUUUCCAGAGGCAACGUGCAUAUUAGCUCCUCGGAUCCUUUGGCAUAUCCGGUCAUAAACCCAAACUAUUUCCUCGUUGACUUUGACGUCGACGUCCAAGUAGCGAUUGCGAAAUGGACAAGGAAAUUCUGGGAAACGCCUCCUAUCCAAGGUCUCGCAACUGAGACGUCUCCUGGAUUUGAUGCAUUGCCUAAAGAUGCUUCUUAUGAGCAAUGGGCGAAUUGGGUGAAGACCACUUUUGCUGGGAAUUCACACCCACUAGGAACGGCAGCUAUGAUGUCAAGAGAGCUUGGCGGAGUUGUGGAUAGUGAGCUGAGGGUUUACGGGACGCAGAACGUAAGGGUUGUUGACGCAAGUGUUAUCCCGACCCAGGUCAGUGGGCAUUUGACGAGUACGAUUUAUGCGAUUGCAGAGAAGAUUGCCGAUGUUAUUAAGGUUAGCAUUUAAUUAUCACGGGGAGCGUGAUAUAAACGUUAAAGAUGAUGCCUGUUACGAAGGAUGGUGUGCGUCAGAAGCGUAGCGUGUGGUUUAGCUGUAGACUUCAAGGGGGGAGACACUGUAACCGGCUAUACCGAUCUUGAGGAAGUGCCAGAUACCAUUUGGGAUCGAAAAUUUGAAUGACGAUUGGACGCCUAGCUUAAUGCUAGGAUUUUGAACGAGAGGAGUCAACUCAGCCUCAUAUACGAGACGCAAUGUGCACGGUCCAUACCAAACGCCUCCACAAAACUACGCAGAAUAGCCUCGCUUCUGUGCCAGAGCAAGCCGAUCUUUAGGAGGAAGGGCUUUCCGUCCUAUUGUAGUAGAUAUUGAAAAAAAUACAAAGUUGUAGAAAGAGGACCUUGAAAUGUGAAGGCGGGAG